UUUAUAUAUAUAUAUAUAAAGACGUAUCAAUUAUUAUCGCGUCUCUUUCUUUCUUUAUUAUCUCUCUCUCUCUUUUUUUAUAUAAACAAUGACUACUUACUUUGAUACUCUUGAACGUUCUUAUGUUGACGUUGACCUUUCCAAGGGCAUUAAUACUGAACAAUUUCUUCAAGCUACUGAGGGCCUUGUAAAACUAUUUGAUUUGCUUGGUUCUUCUGCUUUUUCUGUUGUUCAAAAGGACAUGAACGGUAAUAUUAAGAAAAUCAGAGACCGUUACUUGACCAACCCUUCUGCCAACGCUACUCUUCAAGACUUGAUGGCUACCGAAGCCCCUGAAAAGAAGAGAACUGCUACAGAAGGUCUUUUGUGGUUAACAAGAGGUCUCGACUUUACUGCUCAAGCUUUGCGUCGUAGUGUUGAUAACCCUGAAGAAGAAUUGACUGUCUCCUUCACUCAAUCCUAUGAACAAACCUUGAAGAAGUUCCAUAACAUGCUUGUUCGUCCUGUCUUUGCUCUUGCCAUGAAGGCUUGUCCUUAUCGUAAGGAUUUCUAUCAAAAGAUUGGUGUCACCAAUGAAGCUGGUCUUGCUCAAAUGAAACAAUGGCUUGAAGCACUUGAAAACAUCAUUCGUAUUAUUCAAGAAGUCUUUAAGGCUAAUCCUGCUUAUAUUAAGGGCAUGUAAAUAGCAAUAUUCCCCUCACUACCACCAUAAUUUGUAUACAAAUAAAAGGAACCAGCGUGUUCACAAUGAAACUCGUUUAUUGCUUCA